UUAUCGCAAGUAAGACUUGUUGUAUCGAUGAAAUUUUUUCUCGGAUUCAAGGAAACCAGACUGAAUAUAAAGUGAACAUUUAUUUCGUGCGCGUGUUUUUUCUGUUUUUUCGUUUUGGUGUCAUAGAAAACACGUUGACAGCCCUUAGUAGAUGCAACUGGUGCGCACCUGGUUCAUUUUUUCCUAAUUCAGGAUUUCUCUAGUCAAAGUUGUGUAGAUUGUUCAAGUACUUUCUAAUAGUUUCCUGGGAAUUAUUCUCAUGUCUUUAAAGAAGUAUUUUCGAUAUAAAAUUAAUUUUGCAACUGCCCAGGUUCGAACUGAGGACCUAUUGCGUGUGAGGCAAUCGUGAUAACCACUACACUACAGAUGCUUAUUAAAAUGUCAUCGAAUGUGUAAUCUAAUAAUCUGGAUGAAUGGUUCACAUCACCAGCUAAUAUGGAUGUUUUAAUUGUGCAGCAGUUUUCAAUUGUGUACAGUAAUUAGUGUGGAAAUCCCCUUAGAAGUUGUCCCAACUAGUCGAGACUUCCUUAAAUCGUGCAACAUCCGCUGGCCAGUCAGUCGUGCUGUAUCAGUGAUUCGUAGUUUCCGGUAGGUGGAAACUACUUUCUUCGCUGAAAACGAGUUAUUUUUUUUUGUGCAGCCGAAAGUAGUCUUGAUCUACUAAACUACUUUGAAACUCGUAAUAAAAAAGUUUGUCGUGUUUGUUUGUUUUUUUUUUUUUUACAACUCACAAAAACGUCAUUACUUAUGUAUAGUGGUCUCAUUCUUCGCUUUUGAUCCGAUACGUUGCCCUUGUGUGUUUCACUUUCCUUUCUACUACAGCGAUCGCACAAGUUUUCUAACGAGUUCUUGCAUUAAUUUCCUUAUACAAUGACGUCUGAGGGUCUCUAGACUAAUUGCUUAAUGCAAUGACAUGUGAGGGUCUCUCUAGUCUAAUCAAGGCGGUGGCGCGAGCGAAUCACAGCAAUCCAUAGCGCCACCAUUCACCAACUAAUGGCUCGUUUCACCUGGCAGGAAACCGUACUGGAAUUUCCAAUGCAGCUACCCGCUACCGGUAUAUAACCAACCCACAGGAUAACCAACGCUAGUUGCCUCCAAAUUAUUCCCCAGUCGCCAGUCUUUGAUGGUCGCUAGAAGUUUGGGUUCAAACAUGAAGCAAAUGAACGUCGUCGUUUAUGUUAUGUACGUCAUCUAUGUUAUGUGGAUGGUCGCAUUUUUGGCUGUGGUGUCGUCGAAGCCGACAGUGGAAGUCGGGACGGACGUGGUCGCCGAAAUUCUGCGGGCCAUCGAUGGACGCCAAGAUAUGCAGAGAGUCGCAGGUUACCUGAACGCCUCACGUGACGACCUGGCGAAACAGCUGCCCCUCCUUAGUUCAGAUGGGACAAAGUUGAGCUACACUUUUUUCGCCCCGACGUCGUUUGCCUUCACGAUGCAAACGCCCCAGGACACGGUGGACCCGCUCUUCGUGGACGCCAGUCUCCGCAACAAGGUCCUGAUUCGCCAUUUCGCUCGCCAAAGCAUCUCGUCCGACGAUCUGGCCAAAUUGGACAAGCUCGUCAUGGCCGACUCCAGAGAGGCCGUUAUAACUCGAACAGCUGACGGGAAGAUUUCAAUCGACAACGCGGAAAUCCAACAAGGAGCCAUCGUGUUGUUGCAAAAUUUGGGCAACGUCUACCUAGUCGAACGAGUUUUCAUGACCGGAGAUGAAGUGAGCAACGCCAUCAGCGCCCAUUUCCAGAACAAUCCUAACACUGCUCUGUGUCUCGGCCGGCCCUGCUCUUCCAUAGGUGGUGCUACCGUUAUUGCGCCACCACCCGCUCCGUCACCGUCCAUCCCGAUCUUGGGCGGUUUCACCAGCGUCUCAAUCAACGACGCCGACGUCCUCGAGAUGGCUAGAUUCGCCACGAAUGCGUUGAGUGUCAACAAGGCAUCGCCGCUCGUCUUGAUCGGCGUCGUCAAGGCUGAAAAGCAAAUUGUUGCCGGCGUCAAUUAUCGACUCCAAUUAAAAUUCAAUGGACAAUUGGAAAGCGAAGAAAAUCAUUUCAUCGACUGUCAAGUGACUGUCUUCGACCAAGUGUGGACGGCGACUCGUCAGAUUACCUCAUUCCAAUGUACCCCUUAACCAUUCACAUCCCCUGACUGAUAUCAAUUGAAAAUAUUUCAUAGCAUUUGGAACCGUUUGGAACAUUAUCCCUUCAUUAAAUUAUUUGAUGAGCUCUUA